AUGUUUCCACACAUCCAGUCAUGCAGACGCAAAAGCGUCUUCUCAACCUUCCUCCUCCUCUUCUUCCUCCUAGCCCUCCUAGUCGACUGCACCCUCGCGACACCAUCUCCGACCACAGAGCAAGCUCUUGACAAACAAGCGAGAGAUACAACGAUCCUAGAGGACCUCUCAUACCUCGCCAUUGCAGCCGACACAUCCUGCGAGGGGUCCGAGGGCCAGUACAACUGUCUCUCGGACAGAUUCCAAUACUGCCUCAACGGGACGUGGAGCGACGUUACCGCGUGCACCGAGAACAGCGAAAAGGCUGCCGAGUCAUCGUCUCUCUGCACGCCUAUCGGGAGGACGGAUACCAUUGAUUUCAACGGAGAGUGUGAAAUCAGCGCCGCUUGGGGAUGGGGGAACGGUGGCGGUGGUUGGGGCGGCGGUAGGGGGUAUUACGGUGCUGGAGAGAGGGUUGAGGUGUCAAAGUGGGUUUGGUCUUUUGUUGGUAUGGUAUUCGUCCUGGGUGCGUGGUGA